UCCUUUCUUCAGUACCACCAGCCUUCCCUUACAACAACAGCUGCCCCUGGAAGGACUCCCUCACUCACAGCACCCAUCCAAACACACACGUACAUAACAUACGCACAUAAACACACAAAUAUCCACGUACAUUCAUAGACUCACGUACACACACGUAGAACAAACACUGAUUUCUCUAAAUGGUGAUGUUUUUCUGACUGACUAAUAGACAGAAUGACUAACUGACUCAUCUUCUCUGCUCACGAAAUCCAUGACACACACACACACACACACACACACACACACACACACAAUCUCCGUCACAUACCUCCUAUUGCGUCACAUCACCACCGUCAGCACCUUCAUGAACCCCACAGACUCAUAAGACAUCUUGAUUCUGACUGGUGAGGAUGGCUGUGGGUAGUGGGGGUGGAGGUGGUGGCGGUGGAAGAAUGGUGGUAGCAAUAGUUGUGGUGAUGUCGGCAGUGGUCAGCCCCGCCGUAGGUCAGACUGUUGAUGGUGAUGGUGGUGAUGGUGUUGGUGGUGGCAUUUUUCAGCUCUACAAGUCGUGCGGGGCGUCCAUUAAUGUAUCUAACUUGGCGGUGGAGAGGACGAUGUGGCUGCGGGGAGCGGGAGAGGAAGUCACCCUCACUACUUUAAGAAACUCCAGUGAGCCUUGCGUCCUGCCGCCCAACGCCUCCCAUCAGGUGACGGUCGGCAUUCAUCUGCAGGUGCACGUGGGAAGCGCUGCAGGAGAGGAGGAGGAGGAGGAUGAGGAGGACAAGGACGUGUGUAACUUCGUCAGACACGCUGUGUUUGUGCUUCCCAAGGGCGUCCUUAUGGUGUCCUGUCUGGCGGACAAAACGAAAGCCGAGGCGGAGAUGCUCGGCGCUGAGGGGUCUUCCAGCAACGCACCACCUCGUCCCAAGCCACAAGGCCGCGCCCUGGAUCCUCCUUCCACUGCAGACAAACCAGACCACACCCCCACCACAACCCCGCCAUCAAGUUCUCAAGCGCCUCCUGCAGCAGCGACAAGAUUUGAGCCGUUCAGCACCGGGACACGAGUUGAGGGUUUGGACACCACCCUCACGGCGAUUGGAGCCCAUUUCUCCACCGAAGCUCCACCUCUGACCGACGACAGGGGAAUGUGGACAACGCUAGGGCAGGACACUACUCUAAAAGAAGGCACGACGCGAUGGCAGGAGAUGACGGAGAUGCCGACAAGCACUCCUGAGUACGUGAUCGAGAGCCGAACGGCAGAGGCAACUGAUGGCAACACAAAAUCGCCAUCGCCUGGCAGCAGCAGCAGCAGCAGCACGCAGAACACAGGCCAGGCAGGGAAGAUACCACCGUUGUUAAGGACACGCCCACCACUAAUCAGAAACGAAAACAUCUCUGUCCGGGAACUGACGGCGCAGAGUGGCGGCCAGGUGUCUGAGGAACAGGUUUCUGGCGAUCACGACGACCACGUCAUCUACUUCGCAGGGGCGGGGGCGGGCGUGGGGGUGCUGGUGCUGGGCGUGGUGGUGGUGGUCUGCGUGGCUUACUAUCGGAGUCGUAAGGUGAAAAAAAUGAAUCCCACGGACAUGUUCAUGAGCGGCGGGUACCAGGACUCCUUGAACAGCCUGAGCGGCAGUCAUGGUGCCUACCUCAAUGCCCACGUCAUGUACUCCGGCGCCGACCCAGAGUUUGCGGAGUCCUUUGAGCUGGAGGAGCGGAUCAUGAACAGCAAUAUAUCCUACUCCGCCCACGACAUUCCCAAGUGCCUUAAGGGACCCUAGGACCGUAUUUUGAAACACUUUUGCGCUGCACCUCCACUACGUACUUUCAAAAGCCUCUCGCUGAAGUGACGCGGGUUUUCACUGUUCUCUUGACAGAUCUAUAAAAUUUCUAUAUUAUUAACAGGAGAAACACUCUUGAGAAACUGCCUAAUCAUCUCUGUGGCCUUGGAAAAUAGUUGUGGUGAGAGAGCAAAAGGCAAGGCGUUUCUGAAUACGGGUCCGGGAGUGGCCGUGACCUGAGGGCGGCCAGUACUCGCGGCGCCAGGCGGAUGUUACUGUGAGCUCCUGAAGUGUUGUGUGCGUGAGACGAAGGUGCGGACAGACGAGUGUUAUGAUAGGAUGCCCGUGUAUGUAUUAUAAACCCAUUUUCCCUUUGCUUUUGUUAUCAUUAUUACCAUUAUUUAUCAUUGAUGUAUUUAAUUUGCAUGUACGACGCCUCUCGUUCCCCUUUUGUUUUCGAUCACUCUUCAGGUGGGGUUUCUUCCCGCGCGCGCCCGUUGUUCCUCAGGCAGUCAGCGGCCAGCCUCUGGGCAAUAAAGGUUAUACUCUGUACUUGGCAGUCUUGUUAUUAUACUGGGAGAUAUUU